AUGGCUGAAGAGUGUGUCUCCCUCUCCAAAGACCCUGAGUGUUCUGGAACAUCCACAGCUGAGACCCCCACUCUUAAAGAUCUAGAACAGCUCCUGAAUACUGGGAGGCCUUCCUGUAACCAUGUUGAUGAAGUAUGGCCUAACCUUUUCUUAGGAGACCAGUAAGUAUAUCUCUGUGGAACAGCUCAGCAUUUUUUUUGGCAGUGCUUAAGAGCUCCUCCAACGCAACUACUGCAGCCAAGUCAAUGCUCCUUCCAAGGAAUGUGUCGUUCUGUGAUCUGGUUGGGUCCAGUACCUUGUUAUGCGUGACUGUACCUCAUUUAAACCAAUGGGGCAUUCUGACACAUAACCGGUGGUAGGUUUGCACAUCAUCCUGGCUUCUUUGAGAAGACAGUCUUACAAUUAAUUGUUAUGCAGCCGUAAGCAAUUUAUGUAUUUUAUUUCAUGUGCAUUCAGAAUGCCACACAGAAUCUGGAACAAAAUGUUGGAUUCUUCAGUGCAUCACCUUUCUUCCCACCACCUAGUCCUUAAAAAAAAAAAAAAAUUCUAGCCCUCACAGUUGCGGUGACACAUGGCUGAAGGCCAUGCAGUUGGUAUAUGAAAAAGGCGAAAGAGUUUAGUCAGUGUGGCUUCCGUCCCCUUCAGAGUGACCUAGUCCUCCCUUGUGACUUCUCAUUACCUUUGCCUGUUUUGGUUGCUUUAAUUGUCUAGCUCUGAUUCUAGACUUGUUUAUUCAUUCCCAGUAACCAAUUAUCUGUCUCAUUUCCGGUGAGGCUGAGCCCAAGAUCACCCAUUGGGUUUAAUGCUGAGUGGAGAUUUGAACCAUGGUCUCCCAGGUCUUAGCCGGGAACCAUAACCAUGACACCACAGUUGCUCCGAAGUCCAUGGAUGUGCUGAACUGAUUCAGUGCCUAACGUAGGAUUGGAAUAUCACUUGUAGUUUAAUGGUGAAUUUUGGACACAAUGGAGAGGUAAACAAACUUGGACUAUCAUAAAAGAUGUAGGAGGAAAUGAUUAAUAACAGGACCCACAAAGCAGAGGACGGAGGUCCAAGAGAUUCCUUGGAAUCUUGUUUUUAUGUUGUAUGUUGGACUGUAAAAUUUUAAUCUGAAAAAAAAAAGAUGCAGUUCCCAACACCACAACAUGGGGGUUUCCAACAAAGCUGAAUGUUCAGAUAUUGAGGAUAGGCAAAAAAAGCCCUUCGCCACACAGCACAAAGUUAAAUUUUGGAAUCUGCUCUCACAGAGGCAGUGAUAGCAUCCAACUCAAAUGGCUUUAGAAGAUGAUCAGACAAAUUCAUGGAGGAGAAGGCUAUCAAUGGCUACUGUGUUGUGCCAUCAGUCUGAGACAGUAUGAUUCUGAAUAACAAUUGCUGAAAACCACAGGAGGGGAGAAUGAAGUUGAGCUCAGAUCCUGCUUCAUGCUUCCCACAGACAUCUAAGAGGCCAUUGUGAGAACAGCAUGUUGGACUAGAUGGGCCACUGGCUUAUUCCAGCAGGCUCUUCUUAUGUUCUGAAUAUUCAUUCAUUAAAUCUUACUGAAAUCUUUGCUCCUUAACGUGGGCUAUUUUCUUCAUAGAAUGUGAGAGGACCCAGACCACAAGUUAGAGGGGAAAGCCUGAAAGGAAAAUGUUAAGUUGUGGGUAGACAUAGCAGACGACACAGCGAUUUCUCCAAAGCAGCUCUUUAUUUGUAAGCUGGAACAGAACUGAACUGAGGAGCUCAGCCAGCCUGCUUAUAUAGAGCUCCACUAGAAUGCAACAGUAACCAUUUUCUGUAACUAGCCAAUCACUGAACGUCACUUUCGAUCCUUCAUUUGCAUAAAAACUAUCCAAUCACUGAACGUCACUUUUGAUCCUUCAUUUGCAUAACUAUCUACAGUAUCCCCCUGCUGGCCCAGGGUGAGAACUUCAGUACAUAACAGAAAACAGGACCCUUCUUGUAUCUGUCUGCCUCUCACUUUCUGUUUUGUCUUUUCUUCAGUGUUACGGCGCACAGCAGAUUUGGUUUAUGGAAAAUGGGCAUUAGCCAUGUUUUAAAUGCUGCACAUGGCAAAAUAUUUUGCCAUGAACCCCAUGAUUUUUACGGCACAACGAUCGAAUACUAUGGUGUACCAGCUGAUGACCUUCCUGAUUUUGAUAUGACUCCAUAUUUUUACCCCGCGGCAGAAUUUAUACACAAAGCCUUGACCACACCAGGAGGUAGAGAAGCAACAUUCGUCACAAAUGUUAAUAUUAUGUUGUGUUGUGUUGGCAAUUUGGUACUUCACUGCUAUUUCUUUCUGGAGAGCUGGAAGUUAGGGGAGGAUUGGCAGCUCUGGUGUUGCUGUUGGGUUUGUACUUUAUAGUCUCAUGGACUUAAAUAGCAGAUACUUAAGGUCAUGUUUAACUCUCCCAGGGCAAUAAAUAGAAUACAAUAAGAAUAACAAUAAUAAUAAUAAUAUUUAUACCCCGCCCAUCUGGCUGGGUUUACCCAGCCACUCUGGGUGGCUUCCAACAAAAUAUUAAAAAUACAAGAAAACAUCAGACAUUAAAAACUUCCCUAAAGAGGGCUGCCUUCAGAUGUCUUCUAAAAGUCAGGUAGUUGUUUAUUUCCUUGACAUCUGAUGGGAGGACAUUCCACAGGGCAGGCGCCACUACCAAGAAGGCCCUCUGCCUGGUUCCCAAUAACUUUGCUUCUCGCAGUGAGGGAACCGCCAGAAGGCCCUCGGAGCUGGACCUCAGUGUCCGGGCUGAACGAUGGGGGUAGAGAUGCUCCUUCAGGUAAACUGGGCCGAGGCCAUUUAGGGCUUUAAAGGUCAGCACCAACACUUGUGCUUAGAAAUGUACUGGGAGACAAUGUAUGCCUUUCAGGACUGGUUUUAUGUAGUCCCAGGGGCCACUCCCAGUCACCAGUCUAGCUGCCGCAUUCUGGAUUAGUUGUAGUUUCCGGCUCACCUUCAAAGGUAGCCCCACGUAGAGCACAUUGCAGUAGUCCAAGCAGGAGACAACCAGAGCAUGCACCACUCUAGUGAGACAGUCUGCGGGCAGGUAAGCUUGCAUACCAGAUGGAGCUGGUAGACAGCUGCCCUGGACACAGAAUUGACCUGCACCUCCAUGGACAGCUGUGAGUCCAAAAUGACUCCCAAGCUGUGCACCUGGUCCUUCAGGGGCACAGUUACCCCAUUCAAGACCCCAUUCAUUUCAUCAAUUGCAACAGUACUAUCCAAUUGAUUCUCCCAGCUCAUUGGACUCCCAAAUGAGAUUAUGGCUACAGUUCUGGAAGGAGGCGGCCUGGGCUCCAAUCCUAACCAAUUUUACCCAGUAGUAAGUAAGUGAAUUCAAUGCUGGUUAUGCCCAGGUUAGUGGGGUAAUGAUUGCAACCUCUUCACCAUGCCAGUUUUGUUUUUGAUUUAAAAAAAUUGAAUAAGAAAAACAAACAAUACACACAGAGAAAUCGAACAAACAGUAACAGGCUAAUAAAAAUUCGACACAAGGAUCUUUUGAUAAUAAAGUCAAAAGAAACAUAACAAAUCAGGGAGCGAAUGAAAUGGGUACAAUGAUAAAAUUAUAAAUGGGGUAUAAAACACAGUUUACAUUGUGCAAUAAAUGAGAGAAAAAAGAAAGAGGUUUUGCCUGUUUAUAGACACCACCAAAUGAAACCAUAUUUUGAAGGAAUUCACCUGUGUUUUACCUUGUGUUUUUGUUUUGCGAGUGUGGAUUAAGCCCAAGAAGAUCUCAAUUAACCAAAACUUCACACAAGCUGUGUAGAGCCCCACAAUUUAGGUAUAAAUGAGAAUAAGCUCCCUGAUUGGAGACUAAAUUUAUACAGUAUUAACGUAGCUGCUGGGAUUAGAUGCAACAAUUGUUAAAAGUACUUGUUUAGGAAACAUUUGAAUUCUCUUAAAGAUGCUUUAAAAAACAACAAGUUUUCUUCAUUUGCAGCUAAAAUCUUCGUGCACUGCGCUGUGGGGAUAAGCAGGUCGUCUUCAUUGGUGCUGGCAUACCUCAUGAUUUACCAUCGCUUCUCUUUGGUUAAAGCCAUUCAGGCAGUGAAAGAACAUCGGUGGAUUUUCCCCAAUCAAGGGUUCCUGAAUCAACUGAGAAAUUUGGACAUUCAGCUAAACAAAAAAAGCACUAAGCAAGAAAGCAAGGAAACAAAUGCCUGA